AUGGUCAAGAUCGUUGACAUUAAUAGAGAGAUGACCAAUUACAAGAUCAAAGUCCAAGUGAUGAAGAAGUCGAAUUUGCAAAGUGGCAAGAAGAUCUCAGGCAUUGAGAUUGUCUUGGUCGACGAAGACGGUACUAGAAUCCAUGCUUCCAUUGACGAGGCAUAUGUUAAAAAGUUUGAAGGAAAGAUCGUGGAGAAUAGUUCGUAUGUAAUCAACAAUUUCAAUUUCUAUGAUUACAACACCCUCUAUCGAACUAAUCCGCUGGAUUUCAAGAUAACGUUCUACACAACAACAAAUAUUGUCUCAUGUGAAGGUUUCAGCGUUAAUCUGACGAACAACUACAAAUAUACAUGCAGGACUUUAUAA